GUGUACGAUGCACACGCAGUGAUUUUUCACACAUUUUAUUUUUUUUAUACAUUUUUUUAUAUGACCAUUUUGAGUUGAAAUUUUAACCACCUUUUUGUUUUGGUUUUAAAUUUUUUGUGAAUUAAAAAUGAGGGAAAUCGUCCACAUCCAGGCCGGACAAUGUGGCAACCAGAUUGGAGCUAAGUUCUGGGAGGUGAUCUCCGAUGAACACGGCAUCGACCCCUCCGGCGCAUAUCAAGGCGACUCCGAUUUGCAGCUAGAACGCAUCAACGUGUACUACAAUGAAGCUUCCGGAAGCAAGUACGUCCCGAGAGCAAUUCUUGUCGACUUGGAACCUGGUACCAUGGACUCCGUACGUUCUGGCCCAUUCGGCCAAAUUUUCCGCCCAGACAACUUCGUUUUUGGCCAGUCGGGAGCUGGAAACAACUGGGCUAAAGGCCAUUACACCGAAGGUGCCGAGCUGGUCGAUUCAGUUCUCGAUGUGGUACGAAAAGAAGCUGAAGGCUGCGACUGUUUGCAAGGAUUUCAACUGACACAUUCCCUCGGAGGCGGAACGGGUUCCGGUAUGGGAACCUUACUCAUAUCGAAGAUCAGAGAGGAAUAUCCUGACCGAAUCAUGAAUACGUUUUCAGUCGUCCCGAGUCCUAAGGUCUCCGAUACUGUCGUAGAACCGUAUAACGCUACUCUAUCAGUCCAUCAACUGGUUGAAAACACAGACGAGACGUAUUGCAUAGACAAUGAAGCGCUGUACGAUAUUUGCUUCCGAACAUUGAAGUUGACCACUCCCACGUAUGGGGACUUGAACCAUUUGGUUUCAGCUACGAUGUCAGGGGUCACAACUUGUCUACGAUUUCCGGGUCAGUUGAAUGCGGAUUUGCGGAAGCUCGCUGUGAAUAUGGUGCCGUUCCCGAGGUUACAUUUCUUUAUGCCAGGGUUCGCUCCUCUGACGUCUAGAGGGAGCCAGCAAUAUCGAGCGUUGUCCGUCCCCGAAUUGACUCAACAGAUGUUUGACGCUAAAAACAUGAUGGCCGCUUGCGAUCCACGUCACGGACGAUACCUCACCGUUGCUGCAGUCUUCCGCGGACGAAUGUCCAUGAAAGAAGUUGACGAGCAAAUGCUUAACAUCCAAAACAAGAAUAGCAGUUACUUCGUAGAAUGGAUUCCUAAUAACGUUAAGACAGCCGUUUGCGACAUUCCUCCACGUGGUUUGAAAAUGUCUGCCACCUUUAUUGGGAACACCACAGCUAUCCAGGAAUUGUUUAAGAGGAUAUCUGAGCAAUUCACAGCCAUGUUCAGGCGCAAGGCUUUCCUGCAUUGGUACACUGGUGAGGGUAUGGAUGAGAUGGAGUUCACCGAAGCAGAGAGUAACAUGAAUGAUCUGGUCUCCGAGUAUCAGCAGUACCAGGAAGCUACGGCUGAUGAUGAAGGAGAAUUCGACGAAGAAGUGGAAGAGUAAUGUUUGUUUGUCCAACGUCUGUUUUUUUGUUCAUUUGUUUGUUUUGUUUAGUGUAGGUGUACCAGUU